AUGCUGAUGAUUAAUUCAUCGCUCCUGGUCAAAACCUUGACGAGGACUAACCCAAAGGGCCUGGACAGCUCUGAAGAUGCUGCUUCAAAUGAAAACAAGACUGUUAGUGGCAGUGAUUCCCCUCUUCUCACCAGUGGAAGCUGCAGACCUUCUCGACCCCCCAGGCCUUCCAGACCACCUCCACCCACACCCGCAGACCCCCAUCAGCAGCUGAGAAAUGAGUGCGACUGCCCUGAGAAGGGAGCUCCUGCUCCCCUCGCCUGCAAGUGGAGCAAUGCUCGAGCUCGAGGAGUCUUUUUCUCGGCAGGUGGAAAAGAUGGCGCAGCUGCAGGUUUUGUGCAGGCUGCCUGCUGUGUGGCUGCUGAAGGGCAUUUCUCCUCAGCUGAGAUCCCUGAGCCCACGCUGGCAGAGAACGUGCUGCGCCACCAUCUCUUCUGUGGAGCCACUUUGCAGCUUCUCUGGUUAGCUGCAGUCGUGCCGGUUUCCAGGUGCCAUAAGCCAGACUGGCACAGUCCUGGGACUCAGACUUGGGAGACAGUGAAGAAAGCCAAGGCAAGUGCUGCUCGGCUGAGGAAGGAAGCCCAGAAGGAGAGCAAAAAGAACCGAGAAGGGCUUGAGCGAGAAGGCCCACAGGACACUCGAAUCAGCUGGAAUGCUUCCUCGGAGGUGGCACCAAAGGCAGCGGACUGAGUCAGCGUCCGGUUUUGUGGCAUGGCCGUGCUUUCCCUGUCACAGACAGGGCAGCGGAACUGAGGCACCUGGAAGGGAAGGGCUUGUGCUGCAUUCCAAGCAAAGAGGGCUUGCCAGAGGCAGGUCUUCAUCUAUGGCAAGAGAUGGAGAGGCUGUGUUCCUUCAGGCUGCAUCUCUUCAGGGCCAGGGCUGGUCUAGUGUGAGAUUGAAGUACGGCUAGCCGGGCCUGGAGGGAGAGGAGCUGACGUAGCCACAGGGUCAGGCUUCUCCUCGUGUCUGCCUGGAGGCUGAAUUGCUCCUUGCUAAGCAGAACCCCUGGACGCUGGGGUUUCAUUCUGGGCUGUGUUGAUAAAUACAACCCAGAGCCUUUUGUAUUGAAUAAAAGCGAAA